AUGGGAAGGUUAGGAAGGUUCGUGGCUCAAAUCACCAGAAAGAAAACCAUCACUGCUGACUUCCACGAAACUUCGUUACGAAAAUGCCUGACCACUUUCGACAUCACAUUCCUUGGGAUUGGUCACAUGGUUGGUGCUGGUAUUUACGUCAUCAGUGGUGCCGUGGUCAGACUUAAAGCGGGACCUUCAGCAAUCCUUUCGUUUCUGUUUGCAGGAGUCGCUGCGUUUUUAUCUGCGUUGUGUUAUGCUGAAUUCGGAGCCAGAGUUCCCAAAGCCGGAUCGGCUUAUUCUUACACAUACAUCACUGUCGGAGAAAUUUGGGGCUUUGUGGUUGGGUGGAAUAUUCUGUUGGAACAUGUUAUAGGUGCCGCUUCCGUCGCUAGAGCUUGGAGUGCAUCAAUGGAUUCCUUAGUGCACGGAGCAAUAAAGAAUGGAACGAUAACAGCUUUUGGAACAAUGGGUAGUCCUAACGGCUGGGUAUCAGAAUAUCCCGAUCUAUUAGCAUUUCUGUUUGCAUUGGUAGCUUUUAUCAUAGUGGCAACUGGAGCUAAAUUUAGUGUCAGAUUUAACACUGUAUUCACCAUGUUUAAUGGCGCUGUCAUUUUGUUCAUCGUCUGCGCAGGUCUGUACUUCGCGGAUUUCAGUAAUUGGACCAAUGAAAAUCGCGGAGGAUUUUUCCCUUUUGGGUUUGGUGGAACGUUGACUGGAGCAGCGAGCUGUUUCUUUGCUUAUAUUGGGUUUGAGGGUAUAGCAAUAGCUAGUGAAGAAUCGGAAAAGCCAGAGAAAGCAAUACCGUUGGCUACAGGUAUCUCUCUGUUAGUGGUAACUUUGAUAUACAUGUUUGCCACCACGACUUUAACAUUGAUGGAACCUUACUACCACGUUGAUACGUCUGCGGCUUUCCCAUUCGCAUUCGCGUAUAAUGGCGCGUAUUGGGCAAAAUACAUCGUAGCCGGAGGAACUUUGUUGGGUUUGACAACUUCUAUGUUAGGUACAGCGUUUUCUCUCCCACGAGCUGUUUACGCCAUGGCCAACGACGGUCUUCUGUUCAAAUUUUUUGCUCGUGUUCACCCUUCAACUCAAACACCCCUAUACUCCAUUGCAGUAUUCGGUGUAUUGGCAUGCAUAAUGGCUUUAUUGUUUGAAAUAGACACCUUAGUUGAAUUCAUGUCCAUAGGGACAUUAAUGGCCUACACCAUUGUAGCGGUCUGCAUCAUCAUAUUACGCCACCUACCGGUAUCCAAGUGUCAGUUUGAACUGCAUCCGGAGGAAGUGGUGGAGCUUGAAACUGAAAUGAAAUCUGAAAAUACCUCAAUUAUUAAAAAAUCAAAAAGUCAUGACGAUUUUGGUCAUUUGAAACAAAAUGUAAAGAAUCUACCAAUUUUAAGAAAUCUAGAACCAGGAGACGCUGUGAUAUUUUCAGUUAUGGCCAUGUUGAUUUCUAUGAUGCUAUUUAUAGCAACUUUAAUUUAUGGUUGGAGUCUAGUUGAACAAGGAACAUGGUGGAUUAUUAUAUUGAUACCUUAUGUUCCCUUACUACCAGCUUUAAGUAUGUUUCUAAAUAUAGCUUUAAUGUUCUCCUUAUCCUUUCUGACAUGGAUCCGACUGUUUGUUUGGAUCGGAGUUGGAUUACUGUUGUAUUUUUGUUAUGGUAUGCACUUCAGUUUAGAAAACCGUUCCGCUUCCGGCUACGGCCAGAUCGUGGAGUAUCCAAAAGAACCGGAAACGUCCGUUGUGGAGAGCUUGAAUGAGGACAUUCGGGAACAGCAGCCGGCUCGAAAAGAUCAAGGGUUGUUUUAA